CUCUGGCGGCGCCGUCACACCCACACUUCUUCCCACUUCCCCCCUACUUUGUCAACCCAUGUCGAGCGUAGGGCGUAAGGCGUCCUCCUGCUGUCCGCCCAAACGUUCUCGGAGUCCCAAGGCCGUCACAUACCGACCCCGAUAAGCGUCGUCAAUGGCUUUUCUGAGAGUUGUGGGGUCGCGAUAUCGGCCUGGAAAUGGCUGGGGAAAAAUUCGAUUCACCGGUGAUGUGAACAGACCCAACUAGAGCUCAGUCGGCAGUGCCAAUCCCGCGGGGGGAUUAAUAAUGCCAUCGUGUAUAUAGGAGUUCGUUGGCCCCGGCUUUACCAACUGUGGUUUGACGGAAACCAGGCCACCUUGAAUCAUUACAGAGGAAUGGAUCCCACCCGCAUGGACAACACUAACCAGAGCUGUUCCCACCCUCGACAAUGUAUCCCGGCGAUCUAGAGAAGAAGGCCGGCCAGACGACCGUCGUCCGCGACAAUCAAAUCCUGGCUGCCACCAUUUCCAACACCAAUGCCCCUCCGCCGCCCGUUCCCGAUGAUGAUACCUUCAACCCGCCCGACGGUGGCUUCCUCGCCUGGUCCCAAGUCUUCGCCGGCCUGCUCAUCAACUGUAUCGCCUGGGGCUUCCCUGCCUCAUUCGGUGUCUUUCAGCUCUACUACACCGAGACACUGGGUCUGCCUUCGUCUCAGAUCUCAUGGAUUGGCUCGGCUCAGACCUUCCUUACCUUUGCCGUCUGUGGUCCGGCGGGACGCCUCGCCGAUGCCGGUUACACGCGCCAGACCAUGUUGGCCGGGAGCUUCCUCGCCGUGCUUGGCACUUUCAUGACUAGCUUGUGCAAAGAGUACUGGCAGAUCUUCCUCGCACAGGGUAUUUGCACCGGAAUGGGCAUGGGUAUCGUCUUUAUGCCUGCUGUGUCCGUAGUCAGCUCCUACUUUAAAAAGAAGAAGGCCUUUGCACUGGCUAUCGCCGCCAUGGGUACGGGUUUCGGGAGUCUCAUCUUCCCAGCGACCCUGCAAUACCUCAUUCCACAAAUCGGGUUCCCCUGGGCCGUCCGGUGUGCCAGCUUUGUCGCCCUGACCAUGACCAUUCUGGCAAACCUCAUCAUGAGGCCUUAUUUGCCUCCGAGAAAGUCUGGUCCCUUGGUGGAGUGGGAUGCUUUCAAAGAACUCCCGUACUUGUUCUUCUCGCUCGGUGCCUUUCUCAACUUCUAUGCCUUGUACUUUGGCUUCUUCUACAUAAACGUCUACGCUCGCAAGGUCAUUGGUUUCACAUCUGUCGAGGCCGUUGGACUUCUUCUCAUUAUUAACGGCAUGAGUAUCCCAGCGCGACCUGUGGUUGGAUACCUUGCUGACUACCACAUCGGGCCCAUCAACACCUACCUCAUAGGAAUGACGCUUUUGGCUAUGAUGGUCUAUGUCUGGAUUGGUGUCGAAACUGCCACAGGAAUGUAUGUCUUUUGCGUAUUCUUUGGUUUAGCAAACGGCGCUUGCCAAGGAACUUUUGUCGGAGCCAAUGCGAGCUUGACCAAGGAUCCCCAGAAGAUGGGAACUCGAUUUGGUAUGAUCCAGACCAUGAGUGCAUUUGCUAGCUUGGCUGGCGCUCCUACAGCGGGUGCCAUUAUUGAUCGGUCAAAUGGCCAAUUCGUCUGGGCUCAGGUUUGGGGUGGAACAGUUAUGAUUACAGCUGCCCUCUUCAUCUCGGCGUCUCGAAUCGCUGCCACGGGGUGGAAACUGAAGGCCAAGAUUUGAAACUAAAAUGGUAAGUGCGAGAAUGAAAAAUAAUGACAAGCUUGGGUCAACUCGCCAUGAGCUCAUAGUGUUGAGGUCACGGGGUGCCAGCAGCGACUGGAGUUGCGAUGUGACGUUGAAUUGCAUCCCGGAUUGAGUUUGAGAGUGGCGAGGAAAGGUGUCGGUUUUCGAGACAAAAGUUGGGAUCGAGGGCCCAUGGGAUCUACAGUAAUGACAUCAGGUAGACGGGUAAGUAGGUAGAUGGAUAAUGUUUUAAUAAAUUGAA